CAACAUGGACGUCGCACAAGUCGUGCAGCUGGAUUCUCCCUCGUGGAUGGCGGAUGUGUACGAGCCAACGCCCCCCAUGUCGACCUACCUGCUCGCCUUCACCGUCUGCGACUUUCCGAUGCGCCGCCUGACGACAGCAAGCGGAGUUAAUGUACGCUGGUUUGGAGAUCUAGUGACCCCGAGCUGGUGGGAUGACCUCUGGUUGAACGAAGGCUUCGCCUCUUACGUUUCGCAACUUUCCGCCUACGAGAUGGAGCCACUGGGCAACGUUGAUGAUAUGAUUAUUGCACGCGAGAUGGCGCCAGCUCUGAUCACCGAUUCGCUGAGGGCGUCGCAUCCGAUCAGUGCCGUUGUUAAGGAUCCGGAGCAGAUCGGAGAAAUAUUCGAUGACAUUUCAUACAGCAAAGGAGCGUCCUUAAUUCGAAUGAUGCAAGAAAUAUUAGGAGAAACUGUGUUCAGGGAAGGACUUAAGACGUUUCUUCGCCGUCAUUCGUACAGCCACGCGACGACCAACGACCUCUGGCGGGCGCUAGCGGAAGCUUCAGCCGAGGCGGGCAUCUCCAUUGACCUCACGUCAAUCAUGAAGACGUGGACUGCGCAGAUGGGCUACCCACUAGUGAGAUUGACCUGUGACGGAUCGAGUGGCACCGUCACCGCCUCGCAGGAGCGGUUUCUCUUGCUUCGUGAAGAAGGAGCAGCAGGAAGGAGAGGAGGAGGAGGGGAUCAGGCUGAGUAUCGAUGGGAGGUUCCACUGACAGUUACGGCGUUCAUGGACUCCGGUCGCAACGAGUCGCGCUUGCUGUGGUUACAUGAGGAGAGAGAGCGCUACGAAAUUGCGGAGUUUAGGGAUCUUGGUUGGUGUCUUGGCAACUUCAAAAUGCGAGGAUUUUUCCGCAUGGCCUACGACGAAGGAAACUGGGAGAAAAUUAUUCAUCAGAUGCUGACCAACCACGAGGUGAUAGACGUGAUAAGUCGUACACAGCUGUUCAACGAUGCAUUCUGGGUAGCCCGCGGCGACGCACUCUCUACCGUCAUCCCGCUCCGCCUCUCCCGCUAUCUCGCGAAAGAAACGGAAGUUCUUCCCUGGUGGCUCGCUCUCGAUUCACUCAAAGACAUGCGCGGACUCAUGGCCUGGUCACGUGGCUACCCCGACUUUUUGCGGUACGGAGUGCAGCUGUUGUCCCCGCUCUACGAUAGCCUAGGCUGGGAACCGUCCGAAGCACAGAAUGCAUUGCAGAGGCGUGACAGUGACACACCCACGGCACGGGUAACGUGA